AUGACUGAGAGUCCACAAAAUUCUCAAAAACAGGGCAAGAUCGAGCCCGAAGAAGUCUUUCAACGUCUCGAGCAUAUCGGCCGUGGAUCGUUCGGAGAAGUUUAUAAAGGCAUUAAUAUUAAAACAUCGAAUAUCGUAGCAAUCAAAAUAAUCGAUUUGGAAAAGGCCGAGGAUGAAAUCGAAGACAUUCAACAAGAAAUUCAAGUUUUAUCACAAUGUAAUUCGCCGUAUAUAACGAAAUAUUUCGGUUCUUAUUUGAAAGACACGAAAUUGUGGAUUGUGAUGGAAUAUCUCGGUGGAGGUUCGGCACUUGAUUUGAUGAAGCCUGGCCCAUUCAGUGAACAAAAUAUCUCCAUUAUCUUACGUGAAGUGCUCAAAGGUCUGGAAUACCUUCAUUCGGAAAAGAAAAUUCAUCGUGAUAUCAAAGCUGCUAAUGUUCUUCUUUCGGAACAUGGUGAUGUCAAAUUAGCAGACUUCGGUGUUGCAAAACAGUUGACUGAAUCCAUGAACAAAGGCAGUACAUUUGUUGGCACGCCGUUUUGGAUGUCACCCGAAGUGAUCUUACAACACAAGUACGACUAUUCGACGUCACUUACAUCAUUGACACAAACUCCGAGUUCGGAGAGAUACGAACAGAGAGAAUGGUCUUGGUCAUGUCAAGAGAUAAUCACGAUCGCUAUCCUGUUUAACGAUGCAUUCGUGAGCCGUUAA